GCGGAGAUGAGAAUGUUCGUGGAGGCUCAGAGGCUUAGGGGGCCUCACUCAGCCCUCCUGCUCCUGGGACUCGUGCUGGGCGCUGCAGCCCAGCUCAACUGUGUGGGGGACGCCUACCCCAAAGACGGCAGGUGCUGUCGUGACUGCCUGCCGGGUUUUGGGAUGGAGAGCCGCUGCAGCAAAGGCCAGGACACCGAGUGCCUCCCGUGCCGGCCUGGCUUCUACAACGAGGCUACGAACUACGAACCCUGCAAACCCUGCACGCAGUGCAAUCAGAGAAGUGGGAGCGAACCCAAGCGGAGGUGCACACCCACACAGGACACUGUCUGUAGCUGUAAGCCAGGCACAGAGCCCCAGGACGGCUUCAAGCGUGGAGUUGACUGUGCCCCGUGCCCACCGGGACACUUCUCCCCAGGUGACGACCAGGCCUGCAAGCCCUGGACCAACUGUACCUUGAUGGGAAAGCGCACGGUGCAGCCAGCCAGCAAAAGCUCGGACGCUGUCUGUGAGGACAGGAGCCCCCCAGCCACACUGCCGUGGGAGACCCAGCGGCCCCCAGCCUGGCCCCCCACCACCCAUCCCACCACGGCCUGGGCCAGGGCCCCACAGGAGCCCUUCACACCCCCUACAGAGCCCCCCAGGGGUAAGGGGGGGCCUGGCCUCAGCCCAGCAGGGCCCUUCCCCAACCCAAAACGGAAGGGGGGUGGGGAAAGAGGGAUGGGGUGGGAUGCCCUCUGCCUUCAUGGAGGCCCCCCCGGGGCGGACUCCUGGCUCUGUGGACGCACCCCAGCAGGCCCUGCCUCCCCACAGGCCCCCAGCUGGCUGUUGUCCUGGGCCUGGGCCUGGGCCUGCUUGCCCCUGUGGCCGCCGCGCUGGCCCUGCUCCUACACCACCGAGCCUGGCGGCUGCCCCCUACUGGAAAUGGCUUCCGGACCCCCAUCCAAGAGGAGCAUGCCGACACCAACUCCACCCUGGCCAAGAUCUGAGCAGCGUGCUCCCACCCCAGGCUGGGGGCCCAGAGGGUCUGCUAGACAUUGAGGGGCAUUGGGGGUGCCCCCAGGCGCAGGCCGCCGCCCCCCAUCACGUGGGUGCCCUGUCACCCUGCCACCCCACCCUGCGCCGUUUUAGGUGCUCCUGGGCUGGCACCCAGGGCUCUGCUACAUAUGCUGUGCAUACUUCCCGCCCAGGGUGGUGCCCUCCA